CUUAUAAAUGCUUAUUAUCAUAGCAAAUCUCGAAGGGGAAGGCUUGUUAGGGGAAAUUCUGUAACAUCUGAAACGAGCGUAUUUACUAUAUAUUCCAAAUUCGUAUCAGUAGCCAUUUAAUUGAGUCAAUUUAUCGGUUGUUAUUAAUUUUUGACAAAUUGUUAUCUAAUCGAUAUUAUAAUCUUUAAUCAUAAUGAAUCAUGCAAUGAUGGACCAUUCAAAUAUGGGACAUCACUCGGCUGCUUCUGCAAUCUCAAUGAGUGGUAUGGACCAUGAUAUGCCUGGAAUGGAAGAUAAAUGUUCAAUGAAUAUGUUAUUCACAUGGGAUUGGAAAAAUACUUGUGUAAUAUUUAGAUGGUGGCAUAUAAAAACUUUUGGAGGAUUUAUUUCUACUUUCCUUGCCAUCGUAUUACUUACUGCUCUAUACGAAUUCAUAAAAUGCUCGUUUAACCAAUGGCAGAAAUCGUAUGUUAGUACUGUAUCAGGAGCAUCAACUAACACAUCUGAAAUUACUAUUAGAAGAUUUAAAUUUAAACGAGCAUUGUUAUAUGGAGUUCAGGUAGGUUACUCCUUUUUGUUAAUGUUGGUAUUUAUGACUUAUAAUGGUUGGCUUAUGAUUGCUGUAGGUGUUGGUGCCGCAGUAGGUAACUAUUUCUGGGGUGUAAGUGAUAUUUCAUCCUCUACUAGAGAUUUAUCUUGCCAUUAGAUAUAAUAUAUAAUUAUAAUCAUACUAAAUAAAUUUAAAUUUAGAUUUAUAUAAAGAUAAUUUUAAAAUAUUUUGAAGAAAUUUGGCAUAUUUUUUGCGAUAUCUGUACUUUUUGCAACUAGAGUGAUAAAUAUUUGUUGACAAACCCUCAAUUCACGCUGGUUUAAUUGCGAAAUGAUCCACUUCCUGAUCCUCCAUUAGAAAUAAUGAAGUAUUC